UGUCUCGCUUCCGCCUUCGGUGUUUCUCCCCGUGUCAUGUGGACGUCAAAUUGACGGGCUUCGGGGUUUCACAUCUGCUCAGCGACUCUUCCAGAAAUCUCUGCGGGGGGUCUGAGGACUCCCCAUCGCUGCGAAGACUCUUCCUGAGGGCGUUUCGAGAGGCCGAGGGCCGGUGGGAGCGAUGGCGGACGGGGAACGGUCGCCGCUGCUGUCCGAGCAGCACGACGGUACCAACGGCUUCUCUCCCGGGGGCGGCUCGCAUGGAUAUCCGUCAAAACCACAAAGUUUAGCGCCGUUCCCCAGCUUGGUGGCGCAGGGUGACCCUCCACCCCCGUACUCACCACAGGGCAGCCCGGACAGCAGCAGCGCUCCGGUCAUCAGCUGUCGGGUCUGUCAGAGCUCCAUAUCCGUGGAGGGCAAGAUGCACCAGCACGUGGUGAAGUGCGGCAUCUGCAACGAAGCUACGCCGAUAAAGAACGCUCCUGUGGGGAAGAAGUACGUCCGCUGUCCAUGCAACUGUCUGCUGAUCUGCAAAGUCACGUCGCAGAGGAUCGCCUGUCCAAGACCGUACUGUAAACGCAUCAUUAACCUGGGACCAGUUCACAUUGGGAGGGACAGUCCUGAACAGCAGCAUCAGCCCGUCGGCAUCAGGGUCAUCUGCGGACACUGCUCUAAUACAUUCCUGUGGACAGAGUUUUCAGACCGGACUUUGGCUCGAUGUCCACAUUGCCGAAAAGUCUCUUCUAUUGGUCGGCGGUACCCCAGGAGGAGGAGCCUGCUGUGUUUCCUGCUGUUUAUAGUCCUUGCCGCCUCCACUGCAGGACUUUUGGUCGGUACAUGGAAACCUGCCCAGCAGUCCAAAGGGAUCUACGUGUCGUGGGUGCUGCUGAUCCUGCUCGCUCUGUUCGCCAUGGCAAGGACCAUCUACUGGAGGUGUCUGAAAAUCAGCGACCCCAUAUCCAACAUCACGUAGACAGAGAGAGAGAGAGAGAGAGAGAGAGAGAGAGGGAAAGAAGGAAGGAAGGAAGGUGAGAUGGCUGGAAGGAGAGGAAGAGGAAAGCAGUAGGUGAUAGGAACUGUUGUUGCUGUGGCGAGAAGCAAAUGUCAGAUUUGACUGGGAAAACAGUGAGGCUAAAAUCAUGUAGAGGAAGAGAGGAAGGGAGGGAUGGAGGGAGCAACAGAUAUAGAGAGGGGUGAAGAAAAGAGAAAAGAUGUAUUUAACAUAUUACAAAUACUCAUUCAUGUCAUGUUCUUAUAAAAAUGGAGUGUAGAUGGAGAGGAGAGAUAAAUGGACAGUCUGGGUGAAAGAGAGCAGUUUUCUUCUAAUGUAGUUUCAAAGCCUGAUGCUGCUGUGUUUUUCCUGGAGCUGCCAGGAGCCGUCGGUUUCCCACUAAUACAAAUAAAAUUGGAACUUUUUGGACUUUUUGUGCCCCCAGACCAUAAAGAUUCAGUAUUUUCUCCAUGUGAAAGCCCCUGAGUGAAAUGACACUAAGACCAGAAUGGGAUGUGAAAACUAACAUCCAGUAAUGAAAUUAUACAGAUGAACUGUUUUAUUGAUCGAUCCCGGCUUAAUGCAGAUAUCAUACCAGAUCGUUCCAGAAUAGGCAAACAGUAACAGAAAUCCUAAUCAAACUGAGCGUGUUAGAGGGAAGAAAUAACAUGAGAUUAUUUUUUAAAUUUUAUUUUUAAAAAUGAAAUUCAGUCCAAACUUUCUCUUUACUCCGUCACUGUUGUUUAUUGUUGUUGUUUUGCCCUGGCAGCAGUUUUUUACUUUCUGCGGAGCAUCAGUGAGCAGGAGGAUGAGUGGAUAAAUGUACCAUCCAUCCACCACAUGAACCGAGCACCAAGUACUAAAAAUAUCUCAAUAACCACAUAAGGUCAAAGUGCACAUAUCGUUUGAUAUACUCAGUCUGUGAGGAACCACGAAUGCUUUUAGUUUUGGGGCAUUGUUCAUUUCAACAUGUGACUCACACAGGAAGAGUUUUAAAAAGACAACAAGCAGAGACAAACAGAUCAAACUGGUUAAAAGUAUCAUACAUACAUAACAGACAGAGGAAGCUUAAAGAUGAAUUGUCAUGAACAGGCAGCAUAAAUCUUUUUUUUAGCGUCCGUCUAGCAGCACGUCAGCGCUCAGAUCAUCUUACACAGGGGAUUUGGUGGAAUUUGAUUUGCUGAUUUUUAUUUAGUUUCAUCAUGUGUUUACUGAAAACGUCGUGGGUUGACGAAAUGAUGGCGUUUAGUGAAAAUCAUCCGAAGGGAACUCUUUUUAAUGAAACCCCCAAAGUGCAGCUUUUCCUGUUUGACUCGCUGAUUUAAAUCACUUGAAGCACACGCGGGGAACGAUUUAUUUAUUUAUCCUCUUUCUUUUUAAUUGCAGUGCAUCUUGUCUGAAUCAAACUAAACUCAGCUGACACACUAGUAAAACCUGUUGGUGUCUCUUUCUCUGUUGAAGUGUAAAUAUAUUCAGUGGAUGUUGAUUAUUUUGGACUGUAAAGAUUUAUCAGGGCUGUUGCUUCUCCCUUGUUGCUGAUUAAUGUAAAUACCCACUGACUGUGAAAUAUGUUGCACUACAUUGUACUGAUGUACUACUGUAUGUUUCUGUCAAUGUUAUCCCGGUGGAUGGAUUAUUUUUUUUGUAUAUUGUGGAACAAAGUAAAACUUAAUAACAAGGUC